AGUGUGGACCGUUAUUGUCACAGCGUGCGGAUCCAGAGCGACCGUCAGAUCGUCUUUCGGGAAUAAACGCAGCACACGGACGCAUCCAGCCGACAUGGGGAAGGUGGAAGGAGGAAUGAAAUGUGUGAAAUACCUUUUGUUCGUGUUCAACUUCAUAUUCUGGUUGAUGGGAUCCUUUGUCCUGGCUGUGGGACUUUGGCUGCGUUUUGACCCAGAAACUGUGUCUCUGCUCAACGGCGAUAAGGCCCCAGACACUUUCUUCAUUGGUGUAUACAUCCUGAUCGGAGCUGGCAGUCUGGUGAUGUUGGUUGGUUUCUUUGGCUGCUGUGGAGCUGUUCGGGAAUCUCAGUGCCUGCUGGGUUCAUUCUUUGCCUGUCUGUUGAUCAUCUUUGGUGCUGAGGUGGCAGCAGGGGUGUUUGGAUUUUUGAACAAAGACAAGAUUAUCGAAGACGUUCAGAACUUCUACACAACAACCUACAAUGAAAACAGUAACAGUACACUGAUCAUUUCAUACCAGAAAGUCCUGAACUGUUGCGGAACCAUAGCGAACCCUUGCACUGAACCCAAACCAGAUACCAAGGACUGUGAAACAGGCAUCAAGGACUUCUUCAACAGCAAACUCUACAUCAUUGGUUACGUGGGCAUCGGCAUCGCUGGAGUCAUGAUCAUUGGGAUGAUCUUCAGUAUGGUGCUCUGUUGUGCCAUUCGUAACAGCAGGGAGGUCAUCUAAGCUGAAUCCCUGAUCUCUACCCCUCUCCACUCCCGUACCCAGCCCCAAAAGACUGUACAGCCUUCAGAUCAAAUGUCAACCUCUGUCCGUCAUUCAUCCAGGGACCCAGGACACAGGCCUUGCUCAAAAGUUCCUUUCCACUAUGGUGCUCAAUCUAGCUCACCUGGCCUGAUCUUCCACUAUUCCCCUUGUCACAAGCAACAUCUGCAAAGUCUACCAUUCAUGAGAUUCUGAUAAGACCUAGAACAUUCAGAAAUGCAGUGGGCACUGUAUAAUUUCUGAUGCUGACCUGACAAUCUGUCAAAUAGUUUUUUUUUUCUCACAGCCAUUUGGUCACCACUAUAAAUUUUAACCCACAUACUGUCACAGUAGUGUCAGUGCUUUUUCACACAGCCUUGACACUGACCCCUUGGCUGUGGGAAACUUUAGCCAGAGAGAGCAAUCUGAGGUGAAAGCAGCUGAGUUUGCUUAUCUGCGCACACACACACACACACACAUGAACACGCACAGACACACAAGCACAGCAAUGUUGUGUUACGUGAGACCGCAGCCUUAAAAAAGACUGUCUGGAAUCUCAUAGGGAAUCCUGAUCCUGAAUCCUUGAAUCAGAGCAGGGUCUCAAGAGAGGAAACGGCUGAUGAACGCUUCGAGGAUGGUGCGGCACUCCUCCUCGCACACUGCAGCAUAAACUGUACACUUACCGCAGAUUGCUCUCUACUAAAAAAGUCUAUAUGGUUCAUCAUUUUGGGGAAUAUGCUCAGACGAAGACUGGCAGCACUCCCUUGUCUGCACUGUAGAUAUGGAGCUACAGCCAACAACCAAUGCUUAGCUUAGCACAAAAACUGGAAACAUGGAGAAACAGUUAGCCUGGCUCUGUUCACAGGAGAGAUCGAUUUUAUAACCUCCAGACCUUUCUGGAUGGAUUUUGUUACCUUUGGAUGGAGCUAGGGUAGCUCUUUCACCUGUCUCUGGUCUUUAUGCUAAGCUAAGCUAACCAGCUGCUGGCUGUAGCUUCAUAUUUACCUCACAGACACGAGAGCGGCAUCGACCUUCUCAUCUAACCCCGGCAAGAAAGUGAAUAAAGGUGUAUUUCCCAAAAUACUAUUCCUUUAAACAACCAUACCAGUGCUUUGCACGUUUUAGUCCGUGUGCAACAAAUCACGCACACUUGCGAUUUUACAAACAAUGCCGGUGUUGAUAGAAAUGCUAACUGUGGUGGAUUACACAACUGAAGCACACUUCAGUUCAGAGAAAAGGUGCCCGGAGCGGUAGGAAAAGCGCAUCCGAACAUCUACACCCUGCAUUUGAAAAUGGUCAACAAAAUUUGGUUCUUGUGUAAACUGUGCAUGAUUUGUUAGCUGAAGUACAAACCAGAUUCCCUCUUUGUCUCAAGGGAAAGGCUCCUUGUCUGCUUUCAGGUGACAUAAAUACCACUUCCUACAAUUUCUUUGUAAUAUAUAUGCUGUGUUACGUAACAGUACCCUCGAGUGUCCGUUGACUCCAUGUCGAGAAGAUCAUGUGGACGUGUUUACCAUCUAAACAUAUACCAGCCGCUCAACUGAGAGUAGGCACUGGGGCUGUAACCAAUUUAUCAAGCUUGUGCUUUGAUCUCUUCCCACUUCCAUCUUUUUUCCCCCUCUGUGCCUUAAAAGUACACCACCCACAACUAAAGCAAAACUGAGAAUCCACCCCUGUAUCCCUCUCACCCCGUCAACCUCAGCAGAUAAGGGGUUGCAAAGAUGCGCCCGACUUGGACCCACUUCCAUUCCUCCAGGUUAAACCAGGCCACUGUUUAUUCUGCAGGGUUUAUUCCAAGAGUCAGGACUCCGCUUUGUAAAUAUGUGUGACUUUUCUUUUCUUCUAUUUGUACAUUAUUUGUGGCUGAUGUGAUACUAUUUAACAUGCUGUGUGUAGACAGAGGCUUCCAGUAGUUGUACAGUGUUGUAGUCAUGACAGUGGUUGCGAUAGUCAAAGCAAACCCACACAACCGAAAGCAGCUUCUUAACGUGCCUUUCUUUGAUGAGCUAUUUUUGAACAAUGUGCUGUCUGAACGUAGCAAAAGAUCGUAGCAAAAGUGUACAUACGUUUGUAGAGCCGGACUGCAAUUAAUUGUCACACACAUUUGACGGGUAGCACAUGUGGACUUGCCGUUAUUGUUUUGAUGUGUUUUAAAGUGUCGCACUCGACUGUGUCGUCUCUGCCAAGAGAGCAGUGAUGUGAGCAACAAUUUCUCUGCCAACUCUUUCAAAAAGCCUCUUGGUACUAAAAAAAAAAAAAAUUGUUCUGAGGACUAAAACAACGAUCUUACUGUUUAUUAUGUCCAAAUGAUCAAGCUAUGUUGGAAAACAAGCCCAGGUCAAUAUGGCUUUCACUAUUUUUGACAUUUCAGUGUAUGAGACACAGGUGAGGAGCCAGCAGAGGCUUACGAACCCGUUCAGGCUGUUUAGAUGCCAGUAGGCUGUGUUUAAUCUGAGGAGUGAGGCCACACAACAGAGUCAGACUGUCAUUUCAGAGGCUCUGGUGAGUUAAAUUAGGAUGAACCAGCAGCAGUUUAGUGCAACUCAAUCCACAAAAGCUGCUGCUGUCUUCCUCAUUUCUGUUCGUUUGGGCAGAUCUGGAGAUGUGGAGUACUGUGCACGUAAAAAGACACUGUGCACACAGUCGAGCCUUUCGUAGUUGAUUGUGUGUUAAUUUAUUUUAAUACCAUUCCAGGCUUCUCAGGAAGAUAGGUGUUUGAAGUUUAAUAAAGCUUUUUG